AUGAUGUUCCCAAGUGUUCUUGCGCCACCCGCGAUGUAUCCGAAUCUUUUGCGGCCCGUUACCGCGCUGACUUUGCCACCGUCUUUGCAGUCCGCGUUCAGCACUCACUCUAGCUUUCUGGUGGAGGACCUGUUGAGGAUCAGCCGGCCAGCCAGUUAUAUGCACAGGACAAUUCCUUCCCCGAGUGCCUCUCCCCCUGCAACGGGAACCACGACAUCUGUGGCGGACCACAUCUCCAUCUGCAUGUCUAAAAGAACUGCCUCGCCACAAACCUCCUUACCCAACAGCGACCCCAACUACUUGAAGUUUGGGGUGAAUGCCAUCUUAGCCCCAUCACGCAACGCAUCAUCACCACCCCCGGUGACAGACAUGCACGUGAAGAGCAUUCCUUUCUCAUAUUUUGAUGGGUCGUUUCAACCGUUUAUCAGAGCAUCAUACUUCCCAGCAUCAUCUGCAGUGGUACCUAUCCCUGGGACAUUCUCAUGGCCCCUUGCAGCAAGAGGGAAACCGAGGCGGGGAAUGCUGCGGCGGGCUGUGUUCUCCGAUGUUCAACGGAAAGCUCUAGAAAAGAUGUUUCAAAAACAGAAAUAUAUCAGCAAACCUGACAGAAAGAAGCUCGCUUCAAAACUCGGACUGAAGGACUCCCAGGUGAAAAUAUGGUUCCAGAACCGACGAAUGAAAUGGCGCAACUCCAAAGAGCGCGAACUUCUGUCGUCUGGAGGAUGCAGAGAGCAAACGCUGCCGACAAAAAUGAAUCCAAACCCAGACCUCAGUGACGUGGGAACAGGGAACAAAACCUGCGAGGAUGAACUAGAGGCCUUCAGAGGCGAAUCACCACGUCUAACGUACUGUCACUCACAUCAGACGCACCAACAUUUCAACAGCACUGAAUCCAACCCAAUGUCACCGACCAGCUCAAGCAAACAUUCAGACUUUUCAGAAACUGAAGAUGAGGAAAUAACAGUGUCUUAAAUUUGUACACAAGUUAUACGUGAUUUAUAUAGUCCACUCGACUUAUUUACAAAAAAGUUUUGAUAUUAUUGCAGAAGAGGAUGUCUCCUUUAUAGUAACAUUGCAAUACGUUUGCCCAACAUCCCUAUUUUCUGGGACAAUAUUUGGCAGAGUAUCCAUAAAAUAUGACUUGGAAUUUAUCAAAUGUUAUGAGAAAGAUGCACGUCUUUUAUACACUUCGCUGUGUUUUGGCAGCCAAUGACGUUUGUAUAUUGAUUUGUAUUAAUGUUUGUAUGUUUAUAAGCAAACACCAAGAGUGUUGAAAUCAUGAUGCUGUUGAAGUAGACGUAAUGCAUUAAAUCAGACAUGUAGAGAUGUAAAUUAAAGACCUAUAUUUUGUAAACUGUCUUUUAUGCAAAUGUAUAUACUUAAAAUAUGUAAUAUUUUCUACAAAUUAAAUGUCAUAAAAACAAUAA